AGGUACAGUCUUUCUCCAUGGUAGAUACAUUUCUUCUUCUUCUCUCAAGCACAUUUGCCCUCACAUUCAUUGUUGAUUAUCACACUCUUUCGCAAAUCUUCACCUACAAGCUCCAAGUCGAGCUUAUUUCACUCUUUUCAAGUAACUACAUAAAUAUCUUUAUCUAUACAUCUCUUAUCCGGUCCGUGACCAGGUCAAUCCAAGAACUUUCCAACCCAACCCAACACCAACAUCCCAACCAAAAUUCAAAAUGCAGCUCCCAAUGAAGACACUCAUCGCUCUCCUCCCCUUCUUCCUCCACGUCAACGCUCAAGCCUCUGGUUCCGGUACCACAACCCGCUACUGGGAUUGCUGUAAACCAUCCUGUGCAUGGUCCGGCAAAGCCACCCUCGCAUCUGGAUCCGGACCCGUUGGAACCUGUGAUAUUCAUGAUUCUCCUCUUUCCGAUCCUACCGCCAAUGCUGUCUCAGGAUGCGAUGGAGGAUCCUCUUACAUGUGCUCUGAUCAAUCUCCCUGGGCCGUUACCGAUGAUUUGGCUUAUGGAUAUGCUGCUGUCAAUAUUGCUGGUGGAAGUGAAUCGUCUUGGUGUUGUGCUUGUUAUGAAUUAACUUUCACCAGCACUGCUCUUGCUGGCAAGAAGAUGAUUGUUCAAGCUACGUAAGUUUAUUCUCAUUGAUUCAUUGAUUCAUUGAUUCCUCACUCACCCUUUUUUAAAAUCCAUCAUCUAACAUACCUCCCCCUCCAGAAACACCGGAGGUGAUCUCGGCUCCAACCAAUUCGAUCUCGCCAUUCCCGGAGGCGGAGUCGGAAUCUUCAACGGCUGCACCAAAGAAUUCGGCGCACCAUCCUCAGGCUGGGGCGCCCAAUACGGCGGUGUCUCAUCCGCAUCCGCUUGUUCCAGUUUCCCCGCUGCUCUCCAAGCAGGAUGUAAUUUCCGCUUUGGAUGGUUCGAGGGAGCUGAUAACCCUACUGUUAAUUUCAAACAGGUUGAGUGUCCAGCUGCUUUGACUAAGAGUACUGGGUGUAAGAGAGCGGAUGAUUCGAAUAUGCCUGCUCCUGAUGUCGCGGGUAGUGCUUCUGCUUCUCCUGUUGCUAAGGUUGCUACUCCUUCUCCUGUAGCAGCUACGCCUGUUAGCUCUUCCUCAGCUGUUGUUGCAUCUUCAAGUGCACCAGCUGUUGCCAAACAUACUUCUGUUAAAUCUUCUUCCUCUGUUCCUACCGUGGCUCCAGCACCAGCUACUACACAUGUUUCUUCUUCUUCCUCUUCGAAGAUUAGUUCGACUGUUGCUCCUCAGUCAACUGUAGCUUCUGCUCCUUAUGGUGGAGAGAAUGAUGAUACUUGUGAUGCGGAGUAGAUGGUUGAUAUUGAUUUGUGAGCUUGAGUUGAUGGAGGGACAUGGCUGUGGGAUUAGAAAUUUUGGGAAGAGUUAGAGGAAAUUAGAGGAGAUGAGAGGAGAGGAGAUUUAUAUGAUCAUGGCCAAAGAAGAUAAAGACAAAGACAUGUACAAAGAUAAAGAUCUAUUCUUGUAACUACUUUUUUCCCAAACGUAGUAAAUCUAUUUUUGCAUCAUUUAUUUUCGAUAUACUCUCCUUUU